CUACAAAUCGUCUGUUGACCUGGAAUUGAAAGCAUAUCCUGCUCUGAAAAGUGAGGACGAUAACUGUGGUUCAAAGCUGGUAGGAAGGGGUAGCACGCUGUACGACCAGUCCCUUAAAAUGGUCCAGUAAACAGCCACUACUAACAAUUUAGCAUUUGUAAAUAAGAAACGAUCCUUCCUCCAGCUGGAUGAGCUGAAGGGAGACGCUCUGCAGUCGUACCAAGAACAACCUCCGAGUUUUUUUUUUGCUGUUGGUUUAUUGUUUUCUUUCUCUCUUUUUUAAAGUGCUCUGCUUUUGCAGGAAGACUUUAGCGUUGUGAGAACAAGACUGGAGCUAUUUUUGAUUCGACUUCGAGGCGGCAGCUUAAGUUUGUGGCGCUGCUAAGAGCACGUUCGAGUUUUGAUGCUAGUGUAAACCCAUUUAUCUGUCUGGACCAUCAAAGCGCUGAAGUGUGACAGAGUGACUGUUUGGAUUCCAGGAGAGCGAUGAGAAGAGCGUUCGGAUACUCAGGCUCGCUGAAGAUAGCGCUUCAGUUUUAGGCUCCCCUUCGUCUCUCUUUUUUUUUUGUUAAAUCCGUGUGGGCUAUUGCAGAUCCGUUUGGUUGGCGAUCUGGACACAUUCAGUACCAGAUUUACUCCUCACCCCCUUCAACGAUUAAACAAGCCGGGAGCAGACCCUCGCUGUCCCACAGUAACGGAUUCCUUUUUGGACUGAGGCAGUUGAAUGGAUUUUCCGGUACACUGCUAAAAUUGGUUAAAACGAACUGUUCGAGAUUCAAAUAAUUUUUCGGUACCAGCUUACUCGCAAAUGCUCCACUUUGAUCGUUGAUAAAGGAAUAUAUCUGUUUGGCGAUAUUCAAAGGCAAAGUGCUCUUGAUUUUGUUUCCUGAUUAUUUAUUGUGAUAUUUGAAUACGCUGGUGGAGAAAAUGAACAUGUAUCUCGUGUGCCUUUUCCUUACUUUGGAUAUAGCCACCGUGGCUUUCAGUCUGUCUACGUGCAGUACGCUGGACAUGGAUCAAUUCAAGAAAAAACGCAUCGAAGCCAUCCGAGGGCAGAUCCUGAGUAAGCUGAAACUCGCAGCCCCCCCAGAGGACUUCCCCGAACCCGAGGAGGUGUCCCGGGACAUCGUCUCUAUCUAUAACAGCACCCGGGACUUACUGCAAGAAAAAGCGAACGAACGGGCGGCGACUUGCGAACGGCAGCGGAGCGAGGAGGAGUACUACGCCAAAGAGGUGCAUAAGAUGGACAUGCAGCGCUUCUACCCGUCAGAGAAUGUUAUUUCUCCCACACUCUUCAGCCCUUACUUCCGGCGGCUGACUUUUGAUGUGUCCUCUAUGGAGAAGAAUGCCUCCAACUUGGUGAAGGCAGAGCUCAGGAUCUUCCGUCUUCAAAACCCUGGGGCCCGAGUGUCUGAGCAACGAAUUGAGCUCUAUCAGAUUUUAGGAUAUAAAGAUGUGACAUCCCCAACACAGCGGUAUAUUGACAGCAAGGUAAUACGAACACAAACAGAGGGGGAGUGGUUAUCCUUUGAUGUUACAGAGGCAGUUAGUGAAUGGCUAAACCACAGAGACCGAAACAGUGGAUUCAAGAUCAGCCUGCACUGCCCAUGCUGCACUUUUGUACCAUCAAAUAACUACAUCAUUCCUAAUAAGAGUGAGGAGCUGGAGGCACGAUUUGCAGGUAUCGACGACAACCUAAUCCGUGGUCGUGACCUAAAGGUUUUUAGGAAGUGGCAGCACAGUGUUCGGGGUCCACAUCUUCUCCUCAUGUUGCUACCUUCAUACCGCCUGGAGUCCCAGUCCCAACAUAAGAACCAUCGAUCCAAGAGAGCUCUUGAUGCUGCCUACUGCUCCAAAAAUGUUCAGGAUAACUGCUGCUUACGAUCGCUCUACAUUGAUUUUAAGAGGGACCUGGGCUGGAGGUGGAUCCAUGAGCCCAAAGGCUAUGAGGCCAACUUUUGUGCAGGGGCCUGUCCAUAUCUGUGGAGUGCGGACACCCAGCAUUCCAAGGUGUUAGGUCUGUAUAACACCAUCAACCCUGCAGCAUCGGCAUCCCCCUGCUGUGUCUCCCAAGACCUGGAGCCUCUCACUAUCCUGUACUACAUCGGCAAGACCCCCAAAAUAGAACAGCUCUCAAAUAUGAAGGUCAAGUCCUGCAAGUGCAGCUAGAGGUCCUUAGAAAAUACAUACUCUUCUUUCAUCCAGAGUGGAGUGAGUUAACGUACCGUCAAAGUGCCGCUGCACUCAUUUACUAGCAAUCCUACAGCAGUCGUUUUACACAGGCAUGGCCAGGAAUGGUGUAUUAGAGAAUAAAAGGAACAAGUCAAUGUGAGUUCAAUGCAUAUUCAACAUACAGGACCAGAGCAGUUAUACAGUGGGGCAAAAAAGUAUUUAGUCAGCCACCGAUUGUGCAAGUUCCCCCACCUAAAAUGA